UGGGAGCGCAUGCUCGACCGCGUGCUGCCGGCCAUCGUCGUCAUCCGCGUCAACUACGUCAAGCCCUUCGACGGGGACCAGGCCGGCAGCGCCCACGCGACGGGCUUCGUCGUGGACUUUGAGCGCGGCAUCAUCGUCACGAAUCGCCACGUCAUCGGCACGGGCCCCAUCCGGGCCGAGGCGACGUUCGUCACCAAGGAGGAGGUGCCGCUGACGCCCCUCUACCGGGACCCCGUCCACGACUUUGGCUUCUUCCACUUCGACGCCGCGCACCUCAAGUACGCGGGCGAGCUCCAGGCCGCGGCCAUCGAGCUCGCGCCCGAAAAGGCGAAGGUGGGGCUGGAGAUCCGCGUCGUCGGCAACGACGCGGGCGAGAAGGUGUCGAUCCUGAGCGGCACGCUCGCGCGCCUCGACCGCAACGCGCCCCACUACCAGUCCGACGGCUUCAACGACUUCAACACCUUCUACAUCUCCGCGGCGUCGAACACGUCCGGCGGCUCGUCGGGGUCGCCCGUUUUGGACUCUUCCGGCCGCGCCGUCGCUUUGAACGCCGGCGGCUCGAACAACUCGAGCGCGUCCUACUACCUGCCGCUCCACGCCGUCGUCCGCGCCCUCGACGCGUUGAAGGCGGGCGUCGAGCCGCCGCGCGGCACGCUCCGCGUCGUCUGGCGCCACCUGACCUGCGACGAGAUCCGCCGCUUCGGGGUCAACGACGCGACGGAGGGCGAGCUCCGCGCCUACCACGCGCGGCACCGCGACCCGCUCACGGCCGUGGGGUUGUUGGCCGUGGAGCAGGUCGUCCGCGGCGGCCGGGGCGAGGCCGCGGGGCUGGCGGAGGGCGACCUCUUGGUGGAACUCGGCCCCCACAAGUUCCCGGACUUUGACGGGUUGGAGGCGUUCCUCGACACGUGCCAGAACACCCCCUUCGACCUCGUCGUGGAGCGCGCGGGGAAGCGGCUGUCGCUGACGAUCGCGGACGGCGCGGAGUCGCUCCACGCGUUGAACCCGAACAGCUUCCUCGAGUUCGGCUCCGGCGUGCUCCACGAGCUGAGCCUCGGCGCGGCGCGCAACGGCAAUCUGGACCGCACGUCCGGCGUCUACGUCGCCUUCGCGGGCUUCGUCCUGGACGCCGCGGGCGUGCCCGCGCACAGCGUCGUCGUCGCGGUCGACGACGCGCCGACGCCGACGCUCGCGGCCUUCGAGGCGGCGGCGUCCAAGCUCGCCGACGGCCAGCGCGUCACACUACGCUUCUACAACAUCGGCGACCAGUACAACGAGCAGGUCGCGGUCAUUCGGAACAACGCGCGCUGGUUCCGCGUGCUCCGGUGGACGCGGACCGACCCGCCGCUCGCCGACGUGCGCGCCGCUGGUGCACCCACACCACGCAACCCAUCCCCGCUGCAGCGGAGCUCCGCGACGUUCCAGCGGAGCCACGACUCGCCCGAGGCCAACGCCGUCGUGUCGUGUUUGUGCAAGGUGUCCUUCGACGUGCUCCACGCCAUCGACGGCGUCCACGACUGGCACUUUGUGGGCGCGGGCUUGGUCGUCGACGCGGCGCUGGGCCUCGUCGCCGUGGACCGCAACACGGUCGUCACGUCCCUGGGCGAGUGCGCCGUGACCUUCGCCGCGGCCGUCGAGGUCCCCGCCAAGGUGCGCUUCGUCCACCCGACGCACAACUUCGCGCUCAUCCAGUACGACCCGGCGCACUUCGCCGGCGCCGCGCCGGACUGCCGGCCGACGGCUGCCAAACUGACGCCGAGCCAGCUCAAGGUCGGCGACCGCCUCCAGUUCGUGGGCCUCUGCCGCACGAACCCGGACCAGUCCCUGAGCCAGCACGUGACCGUGACGGAGAUCUCCUGCGUCAAUAUAGCCAGCGCGCACGUGCCGCGGUUCCGCGCGCUCAACGAGGAGAUCGCCAAGUUCGACCAGGUGCUCAACAAGUCGCUCGGCGGCGUCUUGGUGGACGCGUCCGGCGACGUCGUCGCCACGUGGAGCUGCUACUCGUUCUACAGCUGGAACGACGAGAAGAACUACGAGGCGUUCCACGCCGUCUCCGUCGACGUGCUCGCCUACGCGGCGGAGAAAUUUGCCGCGGCUAAAGGCGCGCAGCCGGCGCCGUUGCGGACCGUGGGCUUCGGGCUCAAGCGGCUGCCGCUGUCGACGGCGCGGACGUCGAUGAAGCUGAGCGAGGCGUGGGUGCGCAAGCUCCAGGCCGCGCAGCCGUCGCGGUCCCAAGUCUUAUCGGUGGCCCAGCUCGCCCACGCGGGGGACGACGGCGGCAUCCUCGAGGGCGACCUCGUGCUCGCCGUCAACGGGUCGCCGACGGCGACGUUCCGCGACGUCGAGGACGCGGCGAAGGACGAGGCCUCCGUCACCGUAACGCUCUGGCGCGAGGGCGUCGCGCGCGACGUCGCGCUGAAGACGGACGCCGUCAAGUGCGGCGCGGGCACGGAGCGCGUCGUCGUCUGGUGCGGGCUCCUGCUGCAGGCGCCGCACCGCGCGGUCACGGAGAUGGGCGCGCCGGGCACGGGCGUCUACUGCUCCUACUACCUCUACGGCUCGCCGGCCCACUUCUACGCCAUCAAGGCCUGCCGCUUCAUCGUCGAGGUCAACGACGUCGCCGUCGCCGACCUCGACGCCUUCGUCGACGCGACGCGGUCCGUCCGCGACGGCGACGCGGUCCGCCUCAAGACGUCGGACCUCCAGGGCCAGGUCGUCGCGACGACGCUCAAGACGGACUACCGCUUCUGGCCCUCCCACGAGUUCGCC